AUGGAGGAUAUCUUUAUUGUUGAUUCAGUUGGUAAGAACUUUGACAAAGUCACGCGUAUAGAAGCGCGGAGCGAGAGGCUUGAGCUGUUCAUGCAGCUUGAUGUGAAUACUGAGGUUUAUCCUAUUAAACAAGAAGAAAGAUAUGCUGUGAAAUUAACUACCACACUAGAUCCUGAUGGAACUCCUGAUACUGCUUAUUACACUCCGAUUAAGCCAGGGUCAAUUGCUGACAACUUUGACUACAUCAUGCACGGCAAGUUGUACAAGAUCCUAGAUGAAGGUUCAGGAGCGAAUCAUAAAGUGGAGAUGCUCAUUUCUUUCGGCGGUCUUCUGAUGUCAUUGAAGGGAAAUCCUGACUGUAUUACUGCCUUUCAGCUUGAUCAGAAAUACUUCCUUUGUGUGAGAAAGUUGGUUUAA